AUGGGAAGACCAGGCCAAAGAGACAGAAAUUUUGGCCGCUCUAGCAGGUUCCAAAGUACAAGAUAUGAGCGAUAUAGACAGGAGCAACCUCACAACGAAUCUGAGGGGAGAUGGCCGUACAAUGAGAGACGGAGAUCUUCGUCAACAUUGCUCCCUCCAAGAGAUGCAUUGCUGCAUGUGCCAAGGGUGACACCACCCGCGCCCAUACACCAGGGUGAAGAGCAAACACCGGAGGCAGCACAGAGCUAUACACAUCCACCUAACAUUGAAGCUUACGUUCUGCCAAGACUAGAGAUGCGCUAUGAAACUUUUGAAGAAGCAAAGAACUUCUACAACGUCUAUGCGAAGCACGCGGGUUUUGCUGUCAGGGAAGGCCCAAAGUUUAAGACCAGAGCCUACCUUUAUUGCACGUGCUAUGGAGUCUAUGAAUCAAAGGUGUCUGAAGCAAAUAGACAGCGGAACAAAAUGACAGCCAUGACUAACUACGGGGCUAAAAUGAGGCUGAAGAAGGAAAAGGAUGGAACAUUUGUCGUAAAAGAGAUAGUCUGGGAACACAACCACAGGCUACAGCUCACUCCGGAAAUGCUUGUCUUCUUUCACUCCCACAAAAACUUUGACAAAACAAUCUUGGAGUACGUCAAGUACCUGCAGUUCAAAGGCAUUGAACACGCGCAAAUCAUGAGCAUACUGGGCGGUGAUGACCCUGGUAGCUACUUCCCGGAAAUGAAUGCCAAAGACCUGAUUAACCUGAAAGCAAAGAAUUCAAGGAUGGAUGAUGUGGACGAUGUCCUAAAGACUGUCAACUUCUUUAGGGAGAUGAAAGCUAUAAAUAGGGAAUUCUUCUGUGACAUGCAACUCGAUGAGUCCGACAGAGUUAAGAACAUAUUCUGGGCAAAUGCAAGCUGCCGAGGGGCCUAUCAGGACUUUGGUGACUGCGUAACAUUUGACACCACAUAUAAGACCAACAAGUACCAUAUGCCACUUGGGGUGUUUGUCGGUACUAGCAACCACUUACAGACUACAUUCUUUGGUUUCGCCCUGAUAAGAGAUGAGGAUGCAGAUUCAUUCAGAUGGUUGUUCAAGACAUUUUUAAGGAGCAUGAGAGGGAAGGCUCCUACAUGCAUCCUCACAAACCAGUGCCCGACAAUGGCUUUGGCGAUCCCAGAUGCUUUCGGGAACACAGUACACAAGCUGUGCUGCUGGCACAGUAUGAAGAAGUACAUGGAACACCUCGCAUACCUGUACUACCUGCACGAAGACUUUAAGGAUGAAUUCACAUCAAUCCUCAACUGGCCCCUCAUGCCAACUGAGUUUGAGGAUGCCUGGAAAGGACUCAUGGAUAGGUAUAACCUCCAUGAUGAUGCCAUGAUGGUGGCCAUGUGGAACGAGCGUGAGAAUGGAUAUCAGCCUACUUCAAAGAAAUUUUCUAAGGAACAAAACACACUGACCUUCUAUGGGUUUGACACCCAGAUGGCAAAGGUUUACUCACGAGCUGUGUACAGCGAGAUCAGAAAAAGGCUAAAACUGAGCACACUCUUCAUGGCGACAAAGACGGAAGAGCCCACAAAGUACCUCGUGCGUUACAACAACCCACAAAAACUGUCUGCGUGGUCUCAUCAUGCGUUCCAGACAAUUAAGGCUGCCAGCGUUCCAGAGAAAUACAUCCUCAGGAGAUACACCAAACGCCCGAACAUCCAGUGA